AUGUCUCGCAUGCUUAUAACUCGCUGCUCCUGCAAGCCAAGGAACUCCCCUGGAGUCCGUGCCUUGUCUUUCGACAAGGGGACAGUGGACGAUCCCCAACUAUCCACUUCCAGAGGAAAUCCUUGCUUGCGGAAUGCCCCAGACCCACUCCUCUGUCUCAUAACUUUUUUUUUACAGAGAACUCAUGUUUUCCUUCGUAUUUUUACAGAAGUUGAAAUCUCCGGCCAUUUCAACGAUAACGACUCGGAUUGGGAGGAAUCCGAGUCCAACUCCGAAGAAUCGGCCGUGAAAGACAACUCAGAUAUCGAUAACGACUAUGUCCCACUGGUGGAUACUUCCUUGGACUCAGACGAUGGUGGGAGCGCAACGCUCCUGGGACUCCUUCCUUCUUUUGUGUGGGUAAAGACAACGGUGUGGGAGUUCCUCUCAUACAUCGGCAUUAGGUUCCUCAUGAUAUCCUCGUCGGUGUUCACCAAGACCGUGUCCAGAGCCCGCUUCGACAGCCUUACCUUACUGGAGGACCGUUUGAGGAAGCUGUGCCCUUUGAUUGACGUCUUGGAUUCAACAUGCCGUUCCAUUCUCGUCCCCAACAAGAGCGUGACUGAUGACAAGAGCUUGUGGGCCUUCAAGGGCAGGUAUCAAGCCCUUCAGUACAACCCUAGUAAGAGGGGUCAGAGGGGCCUGAAGGUCUGUGUUCAUUUGACGGUCCUGAGGCAGGGUAUACGAUGGCCUUCAACAUCUACAUGGGGCAGGAGUGUGGCGAGUUUCCGGCGAGUAUGAAGAACGUCGACGACCUGAUGGAGAAGGCAAAGCUGCUCGAUAAGGGGUAUCAGUUGUACACAAACAACUGCUAGUCGGGGACACGUCGACUUCCGUAGUAGUAACACCAGAAUGCUUUGCCUGCAGUGGGUAGACAAGCGUCCUAUGACAAUGCUAUCCACUGCCCACACAUCAAAGGUUGUUACCCAGCCUCCCAAAUGCUGAGGAGUGGAGAGGGCAAAGCCUGAGGUCCAUCAAGUGGUACAAGAAAGUAUUCUUCUAUUUGCUGGAUAUGACAACUGUCAACAUGCUGGCUGUCCACUGGGCCCCCAGCGCUAAACUCUCACAGUAUAAGUUCCGUAUGGAACAUGUCCGGGAAUUGCUGCAGCAAAGUAGCUGGGCUGGCUCCUUUUGGCGGAACCUUCCUCAGGAGGAGGAUCCCCAGCAGGCGCACAUGCCAGUCGGCACCCCUUCCAGAGGUGGCGGAGAUGUGCACUCUGCUGGAGGAACGACCGGUGCAGGAAGGAGACCAGAGUCAUGAGCUCCAGCUGCAGCACUUCCUUUUGUCCAAUGCCUUGUUUUCAGGCUUUUCAUGCCUGAAAAUACUAAUAUGUACAUAGUGUAUAUAGUUUACAUAUGUAAAUACAUAUAUUAUUUAUUUUUUUAAAAAAUAAAAAUUUGAAUUACCACUGCUUUUCUGUGCUCUCGCCAAAACAAACUAUUGACUUUACACACUCCAUUGGUCAAACACUCCUAAAAUGGAGUACAUACUACAGUAUGAGACAAUGAAAUCCUUCAUAUGACAUAUUAUAUGGUUACAGUAAGUUUGCAAACUAGAAACAUGUUUCUAGAGUGAAAAAACAGCUUGCGGUUAUGCAUACCAGCUGCCCGAGCGCGCUGAAACUUCAAUGGGGUGGUGAGAUGGGUAGCGCGAGUUGAAGGUUGUCCCAGCAGGAGAACCAGCCGCUUAUUUUUUGUUCCCCAUAACUACGGGUGCAGAGCUGUUU